AUGGCUGCCAUGGUGUUCAAGUCUUCACGGCUUGCACAAGGCUGCUCCAUCCUGGCAAUUCUGGCACUCGUAGCUGUGCUGCAAUGCUUCCGUGAGGAUCAACACGGUGUGGUUCAAGCUCCGUCGCCGUCGCGCUUUGCUCCGGCACGAGCUCUGAAGGCACAGAAUGAUGCCCACAUCCAGAAAGCAGACGAGCUUGAGCCAGCAGUUCUUGACGGCAGGGAGGACUUGCCCGUGGAAGUUGUGGAACAAUUCGAGACUGUGGAGGCCUCAACGCUCAAAGGCAAUGAGAGCUCAGCAUUGACAGCAGCGGUGCUGUCUGAAGACCUUUCUACAACCAGCAUCGCCCAACAAGAAAGCCUCACAUCGACGAGCUCAUUCGAGCAACAGAGUACCGAGACGGCGGAGAAUCCCCCUGCUGCACGUAUGGAACACUUGGAGGGAAGCUGGUCCCAAACGACAGCAGACAUGAUUGCCGAGGACGGUAUUCAGCUGUACCAAAAAAGCAUAACAGUCCUGAAAGACGCUGCCGUCUCAAGUGAGGAGGCAUCUGGCCACAGCCUCGACGAGUUGGCAAUCUUCGGCGACUGUCCCUGCACUUCGAUACUUGCUGGCGAACGUCCGCCGGCCAAUGCAGAUUGUCUUCGCAACUGCUCUAGUGUCGUGCAACAUGGCGGGAUGCGCAUCAAUCUUCCGGAUGGCCCCCUGGCCUUCCCGCAUGAGCAUGAUGAACUCUGA